UGAAUGGCACCCCCAUGCAUCUCAUCCCACAGCGUGAUCAUGGAUGCAGGAACCGCACGGAAACUGCAAAAAGACCAUGCGGAUGCAUUUUGGAAAAGGUGCAUGGGGCGGACUGACUAUUCAUGGGGCCCCCGGGCAAUAGGGGAUCAUGGGGCCCCUGUGUCCUUGCCCAAACUCAAAAAAGCCUAUGAAAAAGGUACUAGGGGCAUCUCUGGGGCCCCCUACUGACCCCGGGCCCUCGGGCAGUGCCCGAGUUUCCAAAUGGUGAGUCCGCUCCUGGGUGUAACAUGUUAUGAAAGGUGAACUUAUCCUUUAAGUUGC